AUGUCACCUUCAGUUACUCGUGACGAUGUUCCCGUCCUAAUCGUUGGUGGUGGCCCGUCGGGUCUAUUUUUAGCAUUUAUGUUGGAGCGGCUCGGCGUCCGAUCAUUGAUUGCUGAAAGAUAUGCGACCAGGUUGGCUGCCCCCAAGGCUCAUGCCUUGAGUCCCCGGUCACUCGAAAUGUGUCGCCAGUUCGGGUUGGACGUGAACGAGAUUCGCAAAGUUGGGACCGCUCGUAAAGAUGCCUAUUGGGUCAACUUUAUCACAAGCCUGGCUGGCGAAGAUGUCGGCAAAUUGCCCUAUGAGCGCAUGGAUGCUGGAGUUCUUGACAGCACCCCGAAUAUGAUUCACAAUAUCCCACAGCCUGCCUUCGAAGAGCUGAUUGCCAGGAGGCUAUCCAAGACCAGCCUGGUCGAGAUUCGCAAGAACCACACCUUUGUUAGCUUGGAACAGUUUGACGAUCAUGUCAUCACAACCAUCGAGGACCGUGAUUCAGGAGAGCUAUACAAAGUCCGGUCGAAGCAUGUGGUUGCCUGUGACGGCGCAAAAAGUGCCGUGCGCAGUUUCCUCGGCAUCAAAAGCGAGGGCGAGGAUUCUUACGAAACAAUGAUGACCAUCCACUUCAACGCGGAUCUACGUCCCAUCGUGAAGGAGCAGGUCGGUAUGCUGCACUGGGUUAUGGAUCCAUUGGUCGCUGGAUUCAUUAUUGCCUAUGACCUGUCCGGAAACCAAGUUCUGAUCUGCAAUUUUGACUCCAAAAAAUGGCCAGUCGAAUCGUGGAAUGAAGAGCACUGCCGCAAGGUCGUCGAUGCUGCCAUCGGUGCGAAGACCAAGUACGACGUUCUCAGUUACCGUCCUUGGAUACUGAGCCGAAAGGUCGCCAAGUCCUACCGUGACGGAGGGGUCUUCCUUGCUGGCGAUGCCGCCCAUUCCUUCCCUCCCACUGGAGGCCUAGGCCUGAACUCCGGGAUCGGCGACGUCCACAAUCUGGCUUACAAGCUGGCCGCCGUGCACCAUGGCUCUGCCACGGACGCUUUGUUGGAUACAUACGAAGCCGAGCGUCGCCAGGUUGCCUUGGUAAACUCGCAACAGAGCGUGAAGAACGGAAAGAAAAUUUUCGGGUUGCUAAAGGCACUCGGCACUACGGAUCCUGAUAUUGACGUUGCCCGUCAGAAUCUAUACCAGAAAAUCCGCGAUGAAAAGGCGAUGGUGGAUAUCAACGAGGGCAUUGAGGGUCAGCGUGAGCAUUUCGAUAACCUCGGCCUGCACAUUGGUUACGUGUACGGCGACAAGCGCAUCCCCGACAACGCAUCCGCGUAUGAGCCUGUCUGCGUACCUGGAGCCCGUCUGCCCCAUGCCUGGAUCAAGCUCACUGAUCCCGAGAAGAUGCAGCUGCCCGCAAUUGACUCGUCAUAUAUUGGUGCCGAGUCACAGGGGGUAGCGGAAAUGACCUACUCGACGCUAGACCUGUGUCGCUUUGACAGCUUUACUAUCCUGGUCGACGAGAGUUCCUCCUCGCAGAUCAAGUCCGCCGUUCAAGAGGCACUGAACCUGGUUCCUGCAACUGCGGCCUUUAGCUUGUCACUGCAAGUGGUGGUCAAAGGGGUGGACUUCUCGCUGCAGCCUGGUCAGGAAAAAUGGGAUGAUAUAGUGCCUUUGAAGCAGGGCCAGGCGGUGUUGGUGCGUCCAGAUCAACAUAUUCUAGCCGUCUUGGACCGCGAUGCUGGUGCAGCUCGCAUUGUCGAGGCUUUGAGGAGUCAUUUAGCUUGGUAG